GCUCCCAACUCUGAAACAGAACAAUACAUCUUUCUGAGAAAUUAAAUUUAUAACACAUCGAUGGACGCAUCUGCAGCUAGCUGGUUAUCUGAUCUGCUGUUCAAGGAAACGGAGGAUUACAAUUUGUUUCGACAAUGCCACCUGAACUUGCUUGAUGAUCAAGAGGAAUUACUUUCAAGUGCCCUGCACCAACCUAUGUCUUCAGAGAGUUACUCUGUUUCUUCUUAUUCCGAAACUCUCAGUCUCAGGAACUCUGUUUCCACAGAUGAAACCAGUUUGGAGAGACCCACCAAGCAUCUGAAAACCAAUAACUCUUGUUGGAACUCAAAACCCUCUUCGCCCCCUUCUUCUCCCACCUCCCAGAUUCUCUCUUUCCACAACCCAAAACAGAACAAGGGUUUUUCAGUUUCACCGCCACAACCUCGACCUCGGAACGUGUCUAAAACCCGAAAAUACUCAACAGAAAACCCACCCAAAAGCCAAGGAAGGGACAAAUCACCAACUCACGCUCAGGAUCACAUCAUGGCCGAGAGAAAGCGAAGAGAGAAGCUCAGCCAGAGCUUAAUCGCUCUCGCAGCUCUUAUUCCCGGCUUAAAGAAGAUGGACAAGGCUUCGGUGUUAGGAGAUGCUAUAAAGUACGUGAAAGAGCUUCAAGAGCGUUUGAGAUUGCUUGAAGAACAGAGCAAGAACAGAGAUGUGGAGUCUGUUGUGAUGGUGAAGAAACCACAGCUAAGCAGCGAGGAUCAUUCAGAUUCGCGUGAUGAUGGUGGGGAAAAACUCCCCCACGUGGAAGCGAGAGUGUCGGAGAAAGACGUGCUCCUUCGGAUCCACUGCCCAAAGCGAAAGGGGCUUUUGCUCAAAAUACUGGUCGAGAUUCAGAACCUUCAUCUCUUUGUUGUCAAUAGCAGUGUCCUACCUUUUGGGGAUUCUAUCCUUGACAUUACCAUCGUCGCACAGAUGGGCACAGGGUACAACUUGACUAUAAAUGAUCUUGUAAAAAACCUACGCGUGGCUACAUUGAAAUCCAUGUCUUAAACACGAACAUGGUCCCAGUCUGGUUUUGGUGGGUGGUGUAUUAAUAAUAAUGAUAUUCUGAUAGAUCUGCAUCGGUGCACGGAUUCCCAAACGCGAAUUGAAACUCAGAUGAUGCUGAUUAAAAUGUUCCACGUAAAUCGCUAAUAGUAGGAGUUUUGCUAUUCAAGGAUUGAUGUAUCGCGCCCCACAUGUUGACUUCAGAAGAAUAGAGCCUCAUCAUCCAUUGUCUGUAAAGUUUGAAUGCUCUCUCGUUUGUCUCCUCGACUUAUGGGGAGUGUUUAUGUUGGUGUCUAUGUUCUUUCUCACCUCGUAUUUGUCUCCUUGCGUUGUGUACUUAAGUAAUUUGCUGGACGGGGGAACCUAAAACACAGUUUCGCGGCCAGAAUAAGAAUAUUUUCUUGUGAGCUAAUGGCAACCUUGAUACGAUGAAAGUUCAAAAUGAGAAUACCAUUUAU